UUGAGGAUAAAAGUCAUACCCUUUUAAAUACCCUUUUACGUCAAGGUGAAGAAUUUAUGACUUGUGCUUGGAAACCUGGUGAUUAUGUUUUGGCUACUGGUGGAAGAGAUGGUAAAGUUAGAAUUUGGAAAGAUGUUCAUGGUGACGCUACUAAUUCUUGGAAAAAUGUUAUGAGUACUACUUAUCAUCUAAUUACAAGUCAUGAUCCUAUUGUUACUUGGGUUGAAUGGACUGUAAAAGGUGAUAUGAUCGCUUGUUCUUAUGAUACUGGAAUCGCUGGUGUUUAUCGUGAUGAUUGUAUUUUUCGUAGAAAAUUAGAUGGUCAUAAAUCAAGUGUUUCAAAGAUAAAAUGGAGUCCAAAAGGUGAUUAUUUGGCUACUGUAAGUUGUGAUGUUAAUAAUCUUAUUUUAUUAUGGGAUUUGGAUGGUAAUUAUUCAAGACUUGACGAUUUACAUAAGAAAACUGUAACUGACGUUGCUUGGAAUGAUAAUGCUUUGGCUUCUUGUUCAAGUGAUG